AUGGAAUCUGCUGUUCUGCCGGCAAUUCACGGGAGGAAGGCUUUCCUCCGAGGCCGCUCAGCAUCUCUUUCCAGCAAGACGUCCCGUGAUGGAAUACUUAUAUCGUCCCUCCUGCCUCUCUCCUUCUUCACCACCUCGCAACGCCGCUCCAUCCUUCUCGAGGAGACCAGACGAUACAAAGACACCAUGUCUUCCCAAGACAACAUUUCCUCCUCCGACUAUGAGGUCAACAAAGCCUCGCUGCCCGGCUCCCACAAGGGCGAGAAAGACAUUCAGCCGCAUGUUCCCUACGACCACGAACUCGGUGAGAUGACAGAGGAGGAACGUCGCGGUCAUGCCAAGUUCAAUCGUUUGGGCUGGAAGCGUCUCACUGUCGUGCUUCUAGUCGAGGCCAUCGCCCUUGGAAGUCUGUCGAUUCCGUCUUCGUUUGCCACUCUUGGAAUGGUUGCUGGUGUCAUCUGCUGCGUCGGUCUCGGCCUGGUCGCCAUCUACACUAGUUACGUCGUCGGUCAGGUCAAACUCAAAUUCCCCCAUGUCGCCCACUAUCCUGACGCUGGUCGUCUGAUGUUUGGUCGAUUUGGAUUCGAGUUGAUCAAUGCCAUGUUAAUUUGCAUUCUGAUUUUCCUUGUUGGUUCGCACUGUCUGACGGGCACCAUCGCAUGGAUGAACAUCACCAGCAGCGGUGUCUGCUCCAUUGUAUGGGCGGUUGUCUCGGCCAUCAUCCUGUUCGCUGUCGCUCUACCUCCCAGCUUCGCCGAGGUUGCCAUCCUCGGAUACGUUGAUUUUGCGUCGAUCGUCAUCGCCAUCGGUAUUACCAUCAUCGGCACCGGUGUCGAAGCCACCAAUUCCCCAGGUGGAUUAUCGGCUGUGAACUGGUCUGCGUGGCCAAAGGAGGGCACUACAUUCACCGACGCUUUUAUCGCUGUUUCGAACAUCAUUUUCGCCUACAGUUUCGCCAUGUGCCAGUUUUCUUUCAUGGAUGAAAUGCACACGCCAAAGGACUUUGUCAAGUCUAUCUGGGCUUUGGGAAUCAUCGAAAUUAUCAUUUAUACCGUUACUGGCGCGCUGGUCUACGCCUUUGUCGGACAAGAUGUCUCGAGCCCUGCGCUGACGUCGGCUGGUCACUUGCUGAGCAAGGUCGCAUAUGGUCUUGCGCUGCCGGUUAUUUUUAUUAGUGGUUCCAUCAACGGCACCGUCGUCGGUCGCCUGAUUCACGGCCGCAUAUAUAAGAACUCUCCGAUUCGAUUUAUCAACUCGAAGAUGGGCUGGCUUACAUGGAUAGCGUUGAUUGCAGUCAUCACCGUACUUGCAUUUAUCAUUGCCGAAGUGAUUCCAUUCUUUUCCGAUUUGCUCUCUAUCAUGUCUGCACUUUUUAUUUCUGGAUUCAGCUUCUAUUUCCCCGCUUUGAUGUGGUUCAUCUUGAUCCGAGAGGGACCGUGGUACUCUUCCAAGAACUUGCCGUGGGCGAUCAUCAAUGGUAUCACCUUCAUCAUUGGCGCCAUUACGUUGGUGGGCGGUACGUAUGCAAGUAUCACCGACAUUAUCAACAACUACAACAAUGGUUCCGUCAGAGGAGUUUUUACAUGCGCCAGUCCUGAAUAA